AUGAUGGUCAACCAGUCAGGAUUGGACCUCUCCCACGCGUCAGGCAGAGGCGCUGGUUCUCCGCGCCGGAAUAACGAGGCCGGGGACACGCAGGGGCCGCCCAAAAAACAAAGGAGACAACGGCCCUCUCUCAGCUGCGCAGAAUGUCGCCGGCUGAAAAUGAAAUGCGACCGGCAGGUGCCAUGCUCCAACUGUGUCCGUCGACGCCGGGCCCCAUUCUGUAAUCCGGGGAUAACCGACCAAACACCGUCACGCAGAGAGUCUGAGGUGCACCAAAGACCGCGCCAGGCUGCCGGGCAUGAUCAGCCCUCGCAAUCCCCGGACGGAAUUACUCGCCUUUCACCUGCGACCCAUGAAUCUGGCCCUCACCACAGAAAACGAUGGGAAUUGCUACCCCAACAUGACUUCUCCCAGCAUCACAAUCAUGGCCAAGCUAUCGUCGCUGCGCAGGGCUCCGCGGACGAUCCGGGUCGGAACCUGCCGCCGCUGCAUAGCGGCAGACGGGAUGAACAACUCGCCCUCCUCGCCCAUGUGCUACAGUCAGACUCCUUACAGAACUCUCCUUCGGUUCCCACAAACCGAAAUCCUCUGGCUGGCCACGGUGAUUCAGGCAAGGAUAGUGGCCUCCACAACUCCGCCGCACAGCCUCUCCGGGCGGGUGAACAAAGCGGCUCCUACGGCACAUUGAUGUUGGGCAAGGGAGGUCGGUCAAAAUACUUGGGUCCGACUGCGGGCAGUGAAUGGUUGAAAGAAUCCGAAACACAAGACAUAUCAGACAGUCCGCCGGUUACUCGCGCUCCUUCCCCCAAAAUAAUCCAAGAACCGAUUCGAUCUCAGCCUGGUCGGUUAACUCCCGAUACUGCUCCCAUCGCCUUUCCUUUCAACGCUGCAGCCUCCCAUAUCAGUACUCGCGAACUGCUCUCCCGCCUACCGCCAAGAGAGGAGGCGGAGACAUUGGUUGCGUCGUACUAUCGCUACUGUGCUUGGCAGUGA